AUGUCAGCCCCUUGGACGCCUGGCCACACUCGGGGUAACACCCCCGAUUCUGGGCCUGGUUCGAACCCGUUUGAGCGUAAUCCAUUCGACACUGACGACAGUGCCGCCGUUUCCCUGGCAAGCAACUCGACAUUCACUGUGAAUGUCAUUGACCACGAUCGCAACAGUCAUGAAGGUCUUGCUGGCCAGCAAGCCUCUCGUAGACCUGGAGCUGGCGCCGUUCCUUCGCAUCACCGCUUAAGUCGACCAGAAAUCGAACCCUCCCCGCUGGGCAGAGCACAGCUUGGCGUCAAUGACGAGAGCGAGAAAUACGAGAACCCCUCAACCUCCACUCUCAGCGUGGGCCAAGGCCACCUAGCAGGUCGUGCGGAUGGCGCCAUCAUACAGGUCGAUCCUGAGAAGAUCACUGAGAAGCAUGUCACUGCUUUGCGGCCUGGGUCCGACCUUCCAUUCCACAAGCGCAUGUAUCACAAGUUUAGGAGAACAUACAGCCCGAUCGAGCCUCCACCCCUGGUCUUACCCGUCUGCCCGACUGACGAGGAGAAGAUCAUGUAUACCAGCACCAACCGAAUUUUGCUCUACGUUUUCGGCGUCGUCUCCUUCCUUGCUCUUGGCGCGGGUAUGUGGCUCUUCACCUUGUCUUCGCCUGUCUUUUACUGGUAUGGAGUCUUUGCUGGUUGCAUGUGCCUGUACCUCCUGAUCUCCUAUGGUGUUGGUAUCGUUGGCCGCGAUUGGGACUACCAAUCACAUCUCGGCCGCGUUGAACGGUUCCCCAUCAAUGACCUCAAUGCCGCGACGGUCGACAUAUACCUUCCCAUUUGCAAGGAACCGAUAGAGAUUCUUGAGAACACUUGGAACCACAUUGCUCGCAUGGAUUGGCCCGCCAACAAGCUCAAGGUUUACGUCAUGGACGACGGUGCGCAGGAAGAGGUUCGUCUGCUGGCUGAGCGGUUUGGAUUCAUCUAUUCUGUCCGCGAGGAUAGACCCCGUCUUCGCAAGGCAGGAAAUCUGCGAUGGACUUUCGCGCGGACCGACGGCGAAUUCUUCUGCAUUUUUGAUGCCGAUUUUUGCCCACGCCCCGACUUCGUCAAGGAACUAAUGGUUGAGCACCUCGAUGACGAGAAGACCGCGAUCGUCCAGAGCCCUCAGUUCUUCCGUGUUCUGGAUGAACAGACUUGGGUCGAGCAGGGUGCCGGUGCUACACAGGAGCUGUUCUACCGUGUUGUCCAAGUCAACCGCAAUCGUUGGGGUGCUUCGAUUUGCGUUGGCAGCAAUGCCAUGUACCGCCGUGCUGCUCUCGUUGACGUUGGAGGCACCGCCGAGAUUGGUUUCUCCGAGGAUGUCCAUACAGGCUUUGGCGCGGUAGACCGUGGUUGGAAGGUCAAGUAUAUCCCUCUCUGCCUCGCCACCGGCGUUUGCCCAGACUCGCCUCGGGCCUUUUUUUCCCAGCAGAUGCGAUGGGCUCGUGGCAGCACGACGCUGUUGACGAAUGGCCACUUUUGGGUCUCGAAACUUACCUUCAUGCAGAAGGUUUGCUAUCUGUCAGGGUUUCUAUACUACUCUGCCGUUUCUGCCAACAUCUUCCUUUCUCCCAUCGCGGCCACCUACGGCUUCAACGUCCAACACACCAUGACUGUCCAGAGCUACGCCUAUCUCACUGCGAUCAAGGACCGCGUCUUCAACAUUGAGCUUCUCUGGGCUGCCUCCGGCGAUAGCAAAGCCCAUAAGAGCAACAAAUACCGCAACAUGCGCCUUCUCUGCAUCAUCUGGACCCUGAUCGUCACUGGUUCCAUGAUUGGUGUGGUGACAUGGCGACUGGUCACCGGCUUCACUUGGUACCACACGAUCCCAUUGAUCCUUAUCAACGUCUACAACUUCUUCAUUCACCACUACUUCAUGUUCUGCAAUUGGUAG